AUGACACUCACUUAUUAUUACAUAUUACAAGGACAACUGGACAACCUACUUAAGGCGGGUGCUUGUAGUAACGCGGCAAAUACCCAGGUGAAUAAAUGUUACACACAAUUGAUCGAUAAGUACCUAGAGUGCAUACCGCGCGAUGUACAGGGUGUCCAAAAGUGUACGCCUAUUGCCGUGGAUAGUAUGCUGGGAUUUAUUAAGUCAAUGACUGGCAAUAUUAUAGACAUGUUUUGCUCGGAUUAUACCGAGGGUUCAGAUAAGUGCGAAAAGCUAGAAAAACCUCCGAAAAAGUUAAAAUCUCAACGCAGGGCCAAAUCGUUUGCAAUACCAAUGAUCGAUGACUGCUCUGAGACCCCGCAGUUGUUAGGCUUACUCCUGGCGAUCCUGAUAUACCCACCCUCUCCCCACUUUGUGCCCCAACUGUUCACUCAAAACAAAUAA